ACUAGUAGGUUAGGAGGAGCGUGCUUCUUUUCUCUCCCCCGUAGCGUACGGUUCGUUCUCCCGACAAUUCUAUCCUUCGUGGUGCUUAUUUAACACGUGUCAAUACAUGCACAUUGGAAAAAUGAGCCUCUCGUUUCGCUGUAGUAGAAGUGUCAAAGACCGGCUUCAGUCAAUGUGAACUGUGGAGUUUAAGACUUUGAGGAAAUGCCAAAGCCCCACGCCUAAUUGUUGCUUUCGCAGCUUUCCUCCUAUUCGGAACCGGAAAAGAAAUAAUAUUGUUAGUGGAACGGGGCGGUCUUCAGAAUUGGAGUGAUCGAAGUAAGAUUUUGUUGGCCUGCGAUUCUGGCAGAAUAAAACAUGGAGCGUUACGAGAUUGUCAAAGAUAUUGGGUCUGGUAAUUUCGCUGUAGCAAAGCUGGUUAGGGAUAAGGGGACUAAGGAGUAUUUUGCUGUCAAAUUUAUUGAGAGGGGCCACAAGAUAGAUGAACAUGUGCAAAGGGAAAUCAUGAACCACAGAUCAUUGAAGCAUCCCAAUAUUGUUAGAUUCAAAGAGGUCCUCCUAACGCCAACUCACCUCGCGAUAGUGAUGGAGUAUGCAGCCGGAGGGGAACUCUUUGAAAGGAUAUGUAGCGCUGGUAGAUUUAGUGAGGAUGAGGCAAGAUUUUUCUUUCAGCAAUUGAUAUCAGGAGUCAGCUAUUGCCAUUCAAUGCAAAUCUGUCAUAGAGAUCUUAAGCUUGAAAAUACUCUCUUGGAUGGCAGUACUGCACCACGAGUCAAGAUUUGUGACUUUGGAUACUCAAAGUCAUCUGUAUUCCAUUCACAACCUAAGUCUACUGUAGGCACUCCAGCCUACAUUGCACCUGAGGUCCUAACAAAGAGAGAGUAUGAUGGAAAGAUAGCAGAUGUUUGGUCGUGUGGAGUCACCUUAUAUGUGAUGUUAUUUGGGGCUUAUCCCUUUGAAGACCCAGAGGAUCCAAGAAACUUCAGAAAAACCAUAGGGAGGAUACUUAGUGUCCAAUACUCAAUCCCAGAUUAUGUACGAGUUUCUAUGGAAUGUCAACAUCUUCUAUCACGAAUAUUUGUGGCCAAUCCUGAAAAGAGAAUAAGUAUGAUAGAGAUUAAAAACCACCCGUGGUUUCUGAGGAACUUGCCCAUUGAACUAAUGGAAGGAGGGAGCUGGCAGAGCAAUGAUGUGAAUAAUCCAUCGCAAAGUGUGGAGGAAGUGCUGUCCAUAAUACAAGAGGCAAGAAAACCUCCCAGUGUCCCCAUGGUUGGAGGCCUUCUUGCUGGAGGAAGCAGCAUGGACCUUGAUGACUUAGAUGCUGAUGCAGAUCCUGAGGAUAUAGGGACAAGUGGCGAAUAUGUGGGGUAUAUUUAAACAUGCAUGUAAACGACAUGCUGAGCUAUUGUUUGCUGUGCAUAGAAUUUUGUUUUUUAGGGGAUUGAAGUUGUGUUCUUUGCUCGUACAGGAGGAAUGAAUGCGUCUAUGCUUUUCUUUUCUGUUUGGUCAAGCCAUGCUUAUCUAUUCUAAGGUGUUUACAUUUAAUUUUUAUCAACAUUCAUGGCCAAGCCAUUCUUAUCUCUUCUA